AUGCGCGUGGUGUUUGUGAUGGACGCAGAGGCCGUGAACGCACCACAGGAGAUGGAGCGGGACGGUGGAUCUUCAUCUUCCUCCUCCUCCUCUUCCUCUGUGUUGAGGCUCCUGUUGAUGUGGUUGUUGAUCCUCCACAGCUCGGCCAUAGAAACCGUCAAUGUGGUGGACUUCUGCGGUCAGACGAUCCGAGGCGACGGGAUGAUCGUCAACUCGCACCAGGAGUCCAAGAAGUACUACUUUGUGACGAUGGGGACCGACUGCCACCUGACCAUGCAGGCCAGCUCCCCCAAAGACAAGGUCCAGUUCUACUUCCGCUUCUUCCUGGUCUACAGUCUGCUGCGGGUGGCCCCUCUAAGCCCUGCCCCACUCUUCCCAGAGUCCCCCCGUGGUUCCGCCCCCCUCAACCCCAGAUUGGAGCCCACGUCGGGCGAAGGCCCCGGGGACCCGUGUCACGCCGGCUCCUACGUCCAGUUCUAUGAUGGGCGGGACCGUGGCUCACCCCCCCUCGGCCCCCCCCUCUGUGGCAAGAGCCCCCCCCCGCCAGUGCUGUCCACCGGGAACCACCUGACUCUGCGCCUAGUGACCCGGGGGACCCAGCCCCGGGUGGACUUUGUGGGGGACUUCACCUCCUUCAGACUCGGCUUCAACCAAUCAGAGUGCCGCACUGAGCCGUACUUCACCUGCAGGAAUGGGAAGUGCAUCCCCCUCAGUUUAGUGUGUGACGACAAGGGCAUCGACAACUGUGGUGACGGAAGUGACCUGGAGGAAAACCUGACGACUGGCUGCAAAGGUGAACUGUUACCUCCUGACACCCCCCCACCGAUCGCGACCCCGCCUCCGCCCUUUGUGGACCCGCCCACAGCGGCCAUACCCACCCACCGCAACUGUGGUGUUCCGGACAGCUCCCCCAGUCAUGAGUCCAUCACCGACUCGGCGGCGUCCUUGUCCCUCUUUGUCCUCUACGUGGUCCUGGGCGUGUUGGCGGGCGGUGGCGUGCUGUGCUGGUGCUGCUGGUCACCGGGCUGGUUCCUGUGGCGCCUCAGCAUUUGUCGGUUUCUACCGUGUUGUAACUCGGCAUGCGCUUCCUGUCAGCUCUGUGCCCGAAGCUGUGCCCACAGCAAAGAACAUCGCCUUGCCAAAGUCACGCCGCAUGCCCCGGUCAAUGGGACCGCCACGGAAACCGCCACCACCAACCACGCUGAAGACAAUGAGACGACCGCCGCUGUGUAG